UGAAAGGACGAUUCGAGGCGUAGGCAGAAAGUAUAAGUAGAGUUUUCGUGUUGGACUGAAACAGAACAUCACAAGCAACUAAACUACGCUAAUUCAAACCCUAAUUUCAUCUGCUUCAUCUCCUUCUCUCCCAGUCAGAGCAUACCUUCUUCCGUUCUUAGAUUCCGAUAUCAUUAUGGCCAAAACCUCUUUCAAGUUUCUACAUCCUUUGGAAAGAAGGCAGGCCGAAGCUUCUCGCAUUAGAGAGAAAUAUCCUGAUAGAAUACCUGUGAUUGUGGAGAAAGCUGAAAGAACUGACAUUCCUGACAUUGAUAAAAAGAAAUACCUUGUCCCUGCUGAUUUGACUGUUGGCCAGUUUGUUUAUGUUGUCCGUAGAAGGAUUAAGCUCGGUGCAGAGAAGGCUAUUUUUGUUUUCAUCAACGACACACUACCUUCAACUGCUGCUCUGAUGUCCGCUAUUUAUGAGGAAAAUAAGGAUAAAGAUGGCUUUCUUUACAUGACUUACAGUGGAGAGAACACCUUCGGAUCCCAUUAGGCGUAAUGCAUGUUAACUUCUGUAAAUAAAUUCUGAUAUUUCUCUGCACCUAAUUGUCAGUGCACGUUUUUUAGUAUUGUUAUCCUACAUUCUGAUUAAACUUAUCUUUGAAUUAUGAUUUGAUUAUCAAUGCAUUUCCUUUUGGAAAAUUCUAUGUUAC